AACAAAGCAUUAUUUUAAAUCUUUUAUUAUGGUUGUACAUAUAAUUGUUGCCUUAUAUAACCAAACUUAAAAUAUCCAAAAAAUACAUAUCGACAGACUAAAGUUUUGUUGUAGCUCAGGUCAUUGUAUUGUAUAAAAAAAAAUUGUUGUGAGUCAUGAUGCGUGUUCUUUGCACCCACAAACCUCUGACACACGAGACGGUGAACGGUCUUGAAUCCAUGUCUUGCUUGGCGCAUUGUCCGAUAUAUCUGUGGCAUUUUUAAUGCAGUAUAAAAUUAAAAAAAAAGCAUAUGUAAUAAAAAACUUUUUACAAAUGACUUUGGUAUAAAGUUGAAAAAAUAAAAUGAUAGAUCUAGUUGGCGACGACGUUUAUGUAUAGAAUGUUUAAUAUGCAGAAAGUAAUCAUUAUUUUCUUAUAUAUUAUGUACAUGUUACUUUCAACUAGUCUUGGUAUAGGUAUCGAUUACUACGAUGAUACAAAAAAAAGUAAUAAUUUGACUAAUGAAGCGAACUAUUCAAUAUAUGAAACAUACAAUAAAUCCAUUGAAAGUGACAUCGAUGAGGAAAGAAAUGAACAAGUUAAUUUUUUUUACUAUGUUACUAAAACGACAACAGAAACUAUAACUCAAAAGGCUAAUGUAAGUUUUCUUCAUUCAAUAAAUUCUAAUUCACAUUUCAUGAAUGAGAAUAAUUUUUCGUCGAAACCAAUAUUAGAUAUUUUCAAUGAAUAUGAGUACAUUUAUGAUGAUGAAAGAUAUCAAACGAGAUAUGGAGAAUUUAUGCCUAAAGAAAAAGAAGUUCCGCUGUCUGGGCAGAAAGAAAAUCCAAGAAUCUACUAUAGUACAAAUGAUACAAGAAAAAUGAAGAAAAAUAAAUCAAAUUUAGUAAAACUAAAGCUAUUAGAUUAUUAUACUUUAGAACCGGCUGCUGCGUAUGUCCACAUAGAAGAUGAUAAAUAUACUCAGGAGAAUGGAAGUGUAUGGUACGUCCCACAGGAUAUCCCAUGUUGGGAACUACCAGUUUUGUAUGGCGAAUUAGGACGUAAAGAGAAAAUAUCAGAGGUGUUCUCAAUCCGUCGUGGAUAUCUAAAAAAUGUUUUACGCCAAAAUAAAAUAAAGAAAGAAUCCAGAAAAAAUGGAUACACUCUUGGUACGCAAAUGUUUAACAAGUGGUGCGGAAUCGAACCUUGUUAUGGAGAUCAUACACUUUGUCUAUUCCCUGAUAAAACUAUAUCAAUAUUUUGUGAAAAAGGAUAUACUGUGAAGACUCCUACUAUAUCAGAACAAAUAGCGCUUGUAAACACGGUUAAUUCUAUGAGAAAUCGUAUAGCUGCUGGGGAGUCGAUUAGAUAUUCUCAUUUACCACAAGCGGCUAAUAUGAUGCAAAUAACAUAUGAUUUUGAUUUGGAGAAAAUGGCACAAGCGUGGCUCAGUCAGUGCUUACCCGGGCCAGCACCUUGUUCCGCACUCGAAGGCAACUACGUAUCUGAACUCGAAUGUAUGAAGUACAUGCAGAAAUGUUGCUUGAAUUCCUAUAAUACGGAUACCAACUGCACACCAUCACCUGAAUGCUUUGUACUGGCCGUUGUUGGCUGCAUACAUGCAUGGUAUUGGAACGCUGGGGAAAACCUUAGCGAUACUGAUAUUCAAUGUGGCCAUAUAGAACCGACAACUUUUAACACUGUCCAGUUGAUUUGGGCUAACUCACAUAAAAUAGGAUGUGCAUUUGGCGUAAGUAGAAACGGUGAUGUAAGAGUAGUCUGUAAUUUUUCACCAGGCGCACCUUACUUUUUGAAACGUAAAUUUUUCUGUGGACUUCUACCCCAUAGAGAUAUCACCAGUGCCCUAGAUGCUACGGUCGAUUUUACAAAUUUAACUUUCUUAUCGUCUAUAGGAAUUCAUUUAGAUGAAAUCAAUGAAACAAAUACUAAUUAUGAUUCUAAAGUACAUGUUUUCGAUGAAAGGUUACUGGCAGAAAUAAAUUCAGUACAGAAAACUGCAUCUCACUGGGGGGUUCAUUCUCUAAGCAAUAUAUACCAAGAAGGUUGGGUUUCUCGUCUUUUAGAUAAGUUACAGAAUGGAACGAAAGGUAUGGUCGCCCGUGUGGUGACACAAUUUACUUUUUUCGAAGAGAGUGAAGCUAGAUGUGAUACAGAGGAACCAGUUUACGUGAAAGGUGAACCUGCCUCUCUGUGUGUAGAAAGAGGUAGAAGAUACCCAGCCUUGUGCUAUCAUUUCGGAGAUCCAACACCUGGAUACAGACUGGUGGCUAUUAUAGCACCUAUUACAUUGUUCUCUUUGAUUCUAUACGAUUUGUUUAGUGGAGCUGUAAGACAAACUGUUCAUUAGUCAUCAACUUGCCCUUAUCCCUAUUGAGGGUCCGCACAGUAUGUACUACUCAUCCUUACAUUUGUAUCAACCGUCAUAUCCGAAUCUACCCCUUUCCUACGCAUAUCCUCUUUUACACAGUCAUUCCAUACUUUUUUUGGUCUUCCU